AAAUAUCUGUGUGAGUAUCUGAAUUAUAUCCUUGAUGUCUUUAUGUAACCCAUCAGUGACAAAAACCUGCAAAACAGAUGAAAACGUGAAGAAACAUCUUCCUGUGUAACCUGCUGAGCUGACUUGUUUCUGUCCUGUUAGAGCUGAACCUGUUCUCUUCUACAGCAGCUCUUAAACUCAAGUGAAAAUGUACACAUCGUUUUGAUUAUUUGUCCUCCUGUUCAGUUACUCAGUUAUUCAGAGAAUCAACCUGCACAUACAGUAUGCAAUACAUGAUAUGUAAUCAAAGAUGGUAUAAAAGGUACAUAUAUUAAAUCAAUAUGUUUCCUUUCAGCGCUGUGUGGCUGCUCCAGUGCAACACCGCCCCCUGCUGGUCAAUUAAAGGUUUUAUAUUAUUGGAAGGAAGAAGCUGUAAUUCUGUAAUACUGGAGCGUCAAUACACUCAUUCAAAGUCAUAAUCGUAUAAAUCAGCCCUGUCUGUUGGGAGAAUAAUAUGAGACUCUCAUAUCGUAUGUUUAGUUUUAUCUGUAUGGUGCUGAUACGGAGCAGUUUUCCUCCUUUUAGUCUUCUUCUGCAUCACUAAAGGGACUCCAAGACAAAAAAAAAGUAGUUGUAAGAAAACCCUGAGCCGACUGAUGUCCAAGUUGUCAUCCCUCUGUAAACAUAAUCCCCAGCUCACGUCCCGCUGCAGGCUGAAGCUGGUGGGCUCUUAGAGGAGACGACAGGUGUCACUGUAUCAUUGCGCUUUGUCUGCGCCCUCAUGCGUCAACAAGCGCCACGACAAAACCACUGUUUACCCCAAAACAGUCAGUCCAGUGUCAGUGCGGCUGCUGUUAUGUCGCCAGCCUGGACAGACGGGAUUAUCAGGCUGAUAUGAGCUCUGUGCCGCUUUGAAUAUUCAAACACUUCCACCUAAAAGCCCUUUGCACGUUUCACAGAGUCGUCUCGACUUCAGCUGGUUGUUAUUAAAGUGCAGGAACGAACAUUAGCAUCGAAAAUGAUGCGUUAUAGUUUCUGCAAAGUGUAAAUUUAUGUCAGUUAACCCCCUUUAUGAAAGUCCAUACCGCCAUGUCCUGCUCAGUAGGGGAGAGCAGGUUCAGAUGAAACAUCAUCUUCCUCACAAACGGUGUCACCGUGUGACGUCAGCCCUGUCAUGCUCAGGUGCAUGUCCAAAGACAAUCUCCCUCCUUACUCUGCAAACUUCCAGCUGAUAUUAAGCUCUGCAGUGUCACAUGUUGUCAGACACACAUGGCUGCUGAUGUGGACGCACGGUGACCCGGUGAGCGGCUCAUUUUUUGCAGCGUGCGGGCUAUAAAGAGAGGGAGUGGCGCACUGGUUAACACUGAGGAGAGAGACUCCACACGCAGACAGCAGCACGGCAGCGCCCGGGAUAACAUGAUUAGCGCUUUAUUAGGUCCGCUGCUGAGCACAACUAGAUGCAACACAGGGAUCAUUGUGUGGGGAGAGAGAGGAGACACAGAGGAAAGACUUGACGCUUCAUCCGCCACAUGGAUCUUCUUUGCUUCUUAUUGAUCUGCUUAAAGAAGUUACCCGCUGACAGUUUUUUAAUGCCCGUGUGUCUCUGGCACUGGAGAGGUUGUGUCACUGCUUGCUGCCUCAGAUGAACUGACAGCCUUGUAAAUAAAAAAGAGCUUUAACUUGAGGAGGUAGUGCACGAUGAAAGGGAAAAAUCCAGGAAUGCCUCAGAGGAGUGAUGCAGUUCCUUCAUUUCUCAGCCCUGCUGUGAGCUACUAGCUCCGUCCUUCCUGGUGGAUAAUAUUUGUUAACCUCAAGUGAACUCAAAUAGGAAGCGGGCCAAUCUGCUUCGAUGGAGUUUGACAACGAGACCAACCAGACUCUUUCAGGAGUGGCCUCUUACAGCGUCCGGAGCUCCCUGCCGCUCACAGUUCUGGUGGGGCUCAUGAUCCUGCUGACAGUAUUUGGUAACGUGCUGGUGGUCAUAGCUGUGUUUACAAGCCGGGCCCUGAGGGCUCCGCAGAACUUAUUCUUGGUGUCUCUGGCAUCAGCGGACAUUUUGGUGGCUACCCUCGUCAUGCCCUUCUCCUUGGCCAACGAGCUCAUGGGAUACUGGUACUUUGGCGAGGUGUGGUGCGAGAUAUAUCUGGCACUUGAUGUUCUUUUCUGCACCGCCUCCAUCGCUCACCUCUGUGCCAUCAGCUUAGACCGCUACUGGUCCAUCACGCAGGCCAUCGAGUACAACCUGAAGAGGACGCCGCGCCGCAUCAAGUGCAUCAUCUUCAUCGUGUGGGUCAUCGCGGCCCUCAUCUCCUUUCCGCCUCUAAUCACCAUGGAGAAAGAAAACAGUGAGGAGGAACCCGUUUGCAAGAUCAACAACGACAAGUGGUACGUCAUUUCCUCCUGCAUCGUCUCCUUCUUCCUCCCCUGCGUCAUUAUGGUCCUCGUCUAUGUGCGGAUCUACCAGAUUGCUAAAAAGAGGACGCGGGCACCACCGGGGGACAGGAAGCGCAAGGAGAUGCCAAAGACGGCCACCAUCGCUGCUGCCAACCAGAAGGAGAACGGCUUGGGUGCAGGUGAGGGCAAGGACCAGCUCAGCCACGAGAAGCUGAACGGCGAGCGGGACAUCGAGCUGAAGGAAGGAGUGGGAGGAGAAGAGGGAACGCACGAGGAGAAAGGUGAGGUCAACGGGAUGGACAUUGAGGAGUCGUCCUCCUCCGAUCACAAAAUGAACAAUCCCUGCUCGAUCAAAAAGAAAGCAGCCAAGGGGAAAACCAAACUGAGCCAAAUCAAACCCGGGGACAACGAGGUCCCAAAGCGGGUGCAGAGCACCAAGGGCAGCCGUUGGAAGGGCCGGCAGAACCGAGAAAAACGCUUCACAUUCGUCCUGGCCGUGGUCAUUGGAGUGUUUGUCAUCUGCUGGUUUCCCUUUUUCUUUACAUACAUGCUGAUGACGCUGUGCGAGUCCUGCCCCGUCCCCAACACCCUGUUCAAGUUCUUCUUCUGGUUUGGCUAUUGCAACAGCGCGCUGAACCCCAUCAUUUACACCAUCUUCAACAAUGACUUUAGGAGGUCGUUCAAAAAGAUACUGUGUAGGAGGGACAUGAGACGAUAUGUAUGAUGGACUGCAGCUCUGUGAACAUUUUUUUUUUCUUUUUUACUAUAAUGUACAUAAAUUGUAAAGUACAUUGACCAUUGUGCAUGGAUCACUGGCUUGUGAACGCUCUAGGUGUACAGUAACUGCUUGGAAAGGCUUUCCCAGGACGAGCUUUACGUGCCGCAUUAGCCCGUUGAUUUACUCUUUCUCACAACAUCCACCACCCACAGCUUCAACACAAACCACUACCACACCGAGAGAGGUCAGAACACCAAUGUGAAACCGUGUUUUUAUCGUAAAUGUUAUUUUUAUUUUUAUAAAUGAAACAAACACAGUGAAGUCCAUGAUAUGUGUUGUAUUUCACGACAAUAUGUUGUACAAAAAAUGGCCUGUCUGAAUAUUUGUCUCUAUUUUCAUUGUUAUGGAUACAGUCUUGUGACCAUUUUGUAUGAUAUGAAGAUGAUGAUGAUGAUGAUGAUGGUGAUGACGAAGUGUGGGAAAAAUGCAGGCUCUUUAAAGAAUAAAACCCAUUUCCUGAACUGGUCUCAAGGCUCCACAGCAAGUUUAAGCAUCAGUUUUUUACGCUGACAUUUGCACACACACAUGUAUGCGCUGGAAGACGAGGGCAGCUGUAGAGACGCAUUUCAGCCUGACUUUGGUUUUAAGAAUGUGAGGAGGUGUUAGGAGAGAGAUCCCAAAAUGUGAAGCUGUUUUUUACCAGUGAUCCAUGUGACGGUGUGAAAAUUGUGGGACCAGGAGCGCAAACCCAUAUGAGUUCCUCUUUAUGUUAUGAAUCGGAGACCAGACCCAGCCCUUCAGCUGUACUCAAACAGAAAAGCGCAAAUUCACCGGUCUGUUGAAUCUGACCUUUGCAAGAGAUUAACAAGGAUCUUAGCUCUUAAUGAGCCUGAAUGGAAUAUGUGCAAAUGUUCUUCAGUCCUUCGGAUUAAUCGUGAUUGGGAUUAUGGAGGUCCUUUGUCUGAGAUGAUAUCAGAUUCCUCAAAUUAAAUUACAUUUUUAAAUCUUUUUUUCCAGCAAGUGUGUGUUUGCUAUGGGCUACAGAGUCAGUUUAUGAACCAACUGUGGAUGAUGAAUACAGAUGUAAUGUGAAGCACUGGAAGUGGAGAAGUAACGGUUCAUUUGCCGUUUUGUGUUACCACAGUAUGCGUCAUUAAGUAAAGACAUGGAGCUUGUCAAACCAGA